GCAUAAACCCUAGCCCGCAUGGAGAAGAAGAAGAAGAAGAAGCCAAAGCAGCAGGAGCGGGCGCCCUCCGGGUUCCCGGUGGGGGCGGCGGUGGAGGUGCGGAGCGACGACGAGGGCUUCCGCGGCGCCUGGUACGAGGCCGCCGUGCUCUCCCACAACCGCCGCCGCGACGACCACCAUGGCCCCUCCCUCCCCCUCACCGAGCUCGUCCACGCCGCCCACCUGCGCCCCCGCCCUCCUCCUCCCUCGCCCCCCGACCCCGACCCUCCCUUCGCCCCACACCAGCUCGUCGAGGCCUUCCACCACGACGGGUGGUGGGCCGGCGUCGUCUUCGCCCCCGGCGCCGCCCCCGACCGCUACGUCGUCAGCUUCCCCAAUUCGCGGGAGGUGAUCGAGUUCUCCGCCUCCGAGAUCCGGCCCCGGAUGGAGUGGCUCCGCGGCAAAUGGGUCCCCGCCCAAGAAUUGAGAGAUGGAGAGCCUGCAUUCACAGUUGGAGCUAAGGUUGAAGCGAAAAGGAAUCUGGGUUGGUUCUCCGCCACUGUUUUAAAAGUGAUUGGGACCACGAGUUUCCUGGUGGAGUAUGAUGUUACGGGAGUUAAUUGCAAUGGAGAAUUGAGGAAGGAGAUUCUGGAUGCUCAGUAUGUUAGGCCGGCUGCAUACGAUUUACCUGAGACAAAGGAGUUCAGUGUGUCCGGCGAGGUUGAGGUGUUUUGUGAUGGUGGGUGGUUGCCGGGGGUGGUGUCAAAUGUUCUUCCCGGCUCGAGGUAUGCCGUCAACGUGAAUGGAGAGCAGAUGGGGGAGGAGAUGGAGUUUGAUGAUACUCUAAUUAGGUCGCGGAGAGAAUGGAACGGCAGACAAUGGAUAGACAGCUCCACUGUGGCAAAGGAAAUUGGAAAGAGGCGAGCUAAUCGGACAAAGAAAUCUGUUGCCGGCACAAGCUCCAGUUCUCCAAUCUCGUUGUCAACAUCAAGUGACGAGGAUGUUGAGGUCGUGCACGAAUCUUAUUUUGAUAAUGCUGGUGACGCUGAAUCGGCUUACCCUUCUGAAAGGUUGAACAGAGGAAAGCCGAUGGAAAAUGGAUUACAUGAGCUGAAUCACUUACCUUCAUUAGGAGAUUCGAGUACCCCACUUGAACAAGGCAGUGCCAGUCCUCCUGAAAUUCCAAUGCUAGAAUAUUAUUCCUCUUCAAUAGCUGUGGCAAACCAUUCAUUUAUGCCUUCUUGUGAGAAGACUCCUACAAAUCGCACCGAGUCAACUGAAUCACCACAAGAUUCUUCACUGGGAGAGCUAACGCAUGAACGAAAUCUUCUUGGAGAGAAUAAUAUCGCAAAAACAUUAAUGAAUGGGGAAAGUUGCCAUGAUGAAUUGUGCGUUAGAUCAGAAGAUCUGUCAAAGGAUUGCAAUGCAAACCAUACAGAAGUAAAUGAUGAAGCUCAGAAUUUGCUCCCCAUUGUUGAUUCCACGAAAUUUAUAGGCGAUUCUGUUCCUUUAUCUGAUUUUGUCAGGGGAAAAAGGAAGCGAGAUACUCAAACACUACAGAGACAUAAGAAGAAGAAGAAGAAGAAGACCCAUCAUACUAUGAAGCCAAGGAAGAGAAGUAGAUUUCCAAAGAAAAACACGAAUUGCUCGCUUAACUCUAAAGAAUCGGGAGCAUUGAAACAUUCUGAAGAAGCACACGAUCAAUUCACCAAAAUACAACAUAGGAUUGAAGAGACCGAUGUGUGGAAUGACGAUCUUUAUAGUGAUGUACCUAAUUUGUCUCCACCACUUCACCGUCAAAAUGAAGAUGUUCAAGGAUGUGAUGUUGGUCGCAUGAGUAGGGUGACUGAACAAGCAGAUGUAUUACAUGUGCAAUUUGCAGCGGGAGCAUUGAUACAUUCUGAAGAAGCACACGAUCAAUUUACCGAAAUGCAACAUAGGAUUGAAGACACCGAUGUGUGGAAUGACGAUCUUUAUAGUGAUGUACCUAAUUUGUCUCCACCACUUCACCGUCAAAAUGAAGAUGUUCAAGGAUGUGAUGUUGGUCGCAUGAGUAGGGUGACUGAACAAGCAGAAGUAUUACAAGAUGGGUGUCUUGCACCUCAGAUGGCGUAUCUAAGUAAAGCUAAAGCACCAAUUGAGUGUCCGUGCACGCAGUUUUCACGUGCAGUGCAGAGAUCACCUACUACGAGGGUUGAAAGUAGUAGAGUUCAGAAGCAAGGAAGUGGAGUAGAUGGAGCUCUUCGAUCUUGUUCGAGUAAUUCUACGCCCAAGGAGUGUUGCUCUGAUGAAUCGCUAUCUGGUAGGUUUUUAGUUGCAAAUCAGAGGGCUUUGGUUGAUCAACCGACUUGUGCUACAGCGCCUGAUGAGAUGCAUCUUUCAUUCGUCAAGAGCUCUUCCUUGUGGAAAUCUAUUGAGACGAUGGAAAUCUUUCGUAGAAUGCCGCAAAAGCCACAUUUCCUUCCACUGGGGCUCUACUGUUCAGAGCUCCGUGAAGGAAUGGCUAUAGGUCUUAUGGUGUCGUUUGCCAGCUUAGUAUCAAGCAUGGGCAAGUUACGUAUUGAUGAUAGAAUCGAACUUUUCGAGGAAAAGCUAAAAAGUCUUGCCGCAUUAGAAGCACAUGGAUUUGACGUUCGCUGUGUGCGGUCUCGCCUCAACACAUUGCUGUGCAUAAAAGAUGCCCACGCGGAAUGCGAGAAGGAAAAAGAUGUACUGCUGGAGAAACUUUCGCAGAAAGAAGAUGAUAUCAACCAACUUGAUGCGGUUAUCAGCACAAUGAAUGGAGCUAUCUCAGAAGCGGAGCAAAACCUCGCACUCUUCCGCGAGAGAAGAGAUGCAAUGGCUACUCGAAGAAGAAGCGUUAGCUCCGAUAUUGCAAGUCUCAAACUGGAUGCGAGUAGAAUUGAGGAAUCACAUCUUUCCACUGGGCAGGAGUUUAACAAUGCAUUAGCUGAGCCGUGGUGAAGGGUGCAUAAAAACGUGAGCUCUCUGGCGGUUCUUUUUUUUUGCUGUAACUAACCUUAGAAGCUUCGUAUUCUACUUUAAUAGUUGGUGGAUUUUAACAAUGCAUCAAACUCUUAUGUCUAAAAUGUUACUCAAAAUUGGAAGUUAAAUAGUAGUGCAGUUCCUUUGUGAUGUUCCUAGGAAGACCGAGUCGUUUAUCAUCUGUAUCUCUGUUCUCCGUUUUUCUGACAUUAAGCAGUAUCCAUUGCCAGAUCAAUUUAUGCUGCAACUAGUGUUGCCAAUUCUGAAA